AUGUCUCUCAAAAUUGCCAUUAUCGGCGCUGGUCCCGCUGGCUGCACACUGGCUCGCCUGCUACACCUCGGCGGCAUUGAUGCCACUGUCUACGAGGGCGAGGCCAGCCCCAACUACCGCUCCCAAGGCGGCACCCUCGACCUGCACACGGCCACGGGCCUCGCUGCCCUCAAGGAGGCCGGCCUCUGGGACGAGUUCCUCAAGCACGCCCGCUACGACGGAGAGUACAUGCUCGUCUGCGACAAGAACCUCAACAGCUUCUUUUCAAAGGGAAACGAGCCCACCAGCGAAACGGAUCUCAUGGGCCAGCGUCCAGAAAUCGACCGCUCUUCCCUGCGCCAAAUCCUCUCCGAGAGCCUGCCAUCCGGCAUGAUCCAGUGGGGCCGCCACGUCAAGUCCAUCACCACGGCGACAGCGGCGACCAAGGCGUCGAUUACCUUCUCCGACGCGACGACGGCCUCUGGUUUCGACCUGAUUGUCGGAGCCGACGGCGCCUGGAGCAAGGUGCGCGCCGCCCUGAGCGACCAGAAGCCGCUGUUUUCGGGCAUGGCCCUAAACGAGCUGCACAUCCCCGACGCCGCCAACACGGCACCCGCCCUCACCAAGCUCGUGCACCGUGGCAGCAUCUUUGUGCAGGCCGACGGCCGCAAGGCCGCUAUCCAGCAGAUGGGCGACGGCUCGCUGCACGUCACCGUCGCCACGCGCCGCAGCGACACGCCCAACGUCCCGCUCCUGGGUGGACCGGACGGCACCACGCGCGCCGACAACUGGACCGAGACGUGCGGCUACGACCCCACCAGCUUGGACGAGGUCAAGGCCGCCAUGCUGUCGCGGCCCGAGCUCAUUGCCGACUUUGACCCGCGCCUGCAGGACUGCGUCACGUACGCCGCCGGCGACACGGUGCCGCGCUCGCUCUACGCACUCCCUGUCGGCUUCCAGUGGGACCACCAGCCCGGCCUCACCCUCAUCGGCGACGCCGCCCACCUCAUGACGCCCUUUGCCGGCGAGGGCGUCAACGUCGCCAUGGACGACGCGCGCAAGCUGGCCGCCGCCAUUCUCGGGGUGGCCAGUGCCUCCAGUGCCUCCAACGCCGUCCGCCACCCGGCCGAGCUGGACACGGCCGUUCACCACUUUGAGACCGAAAUGUACGUCCGCGUCCAAAAGGUCGCCAAGCUGACCAACGACCUCCUGCUCGCCUGGUUCUACACGCCCGGUGCCCCCGAGUCGGUGGUCGCCUCCGUCAUGGCCGCCCAUGUGCGCUUCCACAUGCCCGCCCUUGCGGCGCCCUUUGCCACGGCUGCCAUCCACGCCUACUAUUUCUUGUACAAGAAGUGUCUCAAGAAGGAAAUCAAGGUGUGA